UUUUUUCGUUCUCUCUCUCUGUGAACCACCCUUCAUUUUCCCUCUGCAGCCAAACCCUAAAAAAAACCAGAACGAAAUCUGAAAUCUACAGCCAUUGGAUGAUGCGAGGGAGCGCCGGUCGCCGCCGUCGAAGCCCAGAGAACCAGUUCUUGGCGCGUUAUCCGGUGCGGGCGUGAUAUUGUAACAAUCGCGUAAAAAACCAAAACAAAGAACCAGAACGAUUUCAAUGGCGGAAGAGGAGGAGAGAAAUUGUUGAAGAUUGUCAAAAAAGAAGAAAAAAAGGAUUGAUUUUUGUUGGCUUGGGCGCUUAGUAUGUGUGAUAUAGUGGCCCGUACGGGUCGGCAUCAGCAACGCUACGAGGCCGGAUGUCGCCUUGUUGCCGGGUGUAUUCCGUUUAGAUACAAAAGCUCUGAUGAGACUGAUGAUGCCAAUUCUGAGAAGAUCAUUGAGGUGCUUAUGAUUAACUCACCUAGUGGACCUGGUCUUUUGUUUCCAAAGGGAGGCUGGGAGAAUGAUGAAACUGUUGAGCAGGCUGCCGUAAGGGAAGCUGUUGAAGAAGCUGGAGUUCGGGGAGAGCUAAUGGAUUUCCUGGGGUAUUAUUAUUUUAAGAGCAAAACACACCAGGACGAGUUCAGUCCGGAAGGUGUAUGUAGAGCUUCUAUGUUUGCUUUGUUUGUGAAAGAGGAGCUUGAGUCAUGGCCUGAACAGAGCACCCGAGACAGAACAUGGCUGACUGUAGCAGAGGCUAUCGUGAGUUGCCGGCAUGAAUGGAUGAGGGAUGCCCUGGAGGGAGGCUUCUCAAAGUGGCAUGCAGAAAAGAAGAUAGGUACAGGGGAGGAGGAUGUAACAUUGACUUGCUAGUUGGGUGUGUGAACGUGAACAAAGGCGAUUUCAGUUGCACGCUCAUGAACAAAUACACACAUGCUGGAAUUGUUUUCUCGGGGCAUUGUUCUGUUCAUCAAUUGGUCAUCAAGUAACAAAACGAUCAACGAUAUUACCGUUGGAAGUUACGUAGUCACUGUCCCUUAAAGUGUAUUCUUGUUACCAGUUGAUCUCUCUGAUAUUUUAAUUCAGAGUGUAAUGUUUUAUCUUUGGUAGAUGUUCACUUUUAUGUAUGAACAUUUUCUGGUGCAUAUCCGAACGUUUACUUGCCAUAUUCUGCAUCUGCAGUAGUACAUUAUUGUAAAGUUGGAAACAAAUUUCCGAAGCUCCGAUUCAAAGAUAUUGUUUCCUUUUGCA